AUGAAUUCGCUAAUCCUCCUGCCUAUAAUUGUAAUCGAAGGUCUCGUCAAUAUCGAGCAAGGUGUUUGGGUCGAUACUGGCACUCUCUCAGUCUCGGAGUGGUCACUACAGCGCGAUUUCUACCACAGUCGAUUCGACUACAACAACAUCGACAGUGCUGAAUUCCUAGUAAAUUCCGAGAAAAGAAACAACAUACCGCGAUCGAGGCCACGACAGCUGCAUCAUCCCAAUCGACUCCUCCACUUUGGUCAGAUGGUCCACAGAUCGCCUCGGGAUGAAUCCGUGAAAGGGUUGAAGAUGUCGAAGACGUACGGCAGCAAAGUCAUUCGACGAGUGACCUCGUGGAAGACUCGCGUAAGCGGAGAUCUGCAUGUAGAUCGCGAGCCCGUUAGGGAACUCGACUCAAAUUCAGUGAUUGAGAAGAAGGCAGUCGAAGAUGACUCCGAGUUUAUGUCACGAUUGAUUCAACGUACUACGCUGGCCACGCCUACAGUCUGGAGUAUGCAGGACCGGUACGAUGGAUCCCGUCAAAGCUCUGAGGAUUCGGAGUCACGUUUUACAUGA